UUUCGUGGCAUGUGUAGGGAAAUAUGUAGCAGCAAUAUAUUUCAAAAAACUUAAUUUAGAAAAUUAUAACAUAAAUUACAUCUGAUUUUAGCAGAGGCUCAAAAUUCCUGUUUCCAACAUCAAGAUCUUCAUUAAAAGAAAGAAAAGUUUGAAGGAUGGACGUUCCGGAGCUGAAGGAGAGCAUCUUCGAACCAAAGCAUUUCACUGAUAUCAUUGGAGGACAUGGGCCUUGGCAACUCGGCAUCUUUACUUUCUUCUUUUUUGCUGCCGCACCCCACUGCAUGCACAACCUUAUCAUGGCAUUCUUUGCCCCCAACGUACAGCAUUGGUGUGCAAGAUCUCCAGAGGCACUCGCUGCGAAUGUGUCCAUUGAGCAAUGGAAGAACGAAAGUUUGCCUAUGGAAAACACCUAUGGAGGUGGUAUGGAAUACAGCAAAUGCACCGUGUACAAUGUCACUUAUGCAAACGGUUCUGUUAAUUAUCCUCUGCAUCUACAAGAAGAUACAAUAAAAUGCAAUUACUGGGAAUACGAUCUUUCAUUUUACACGUCAACGAUGGUAGACGAGUGGAACCUUGUUUGUGAUCGUGAGUGGCUGAUAUCCAUUGCUAAGACGGUUUAUAUGGUAGGUUUCUUAUUAUCAUCCACUCUCAGUGGGCAGAUCUCAGACAGGAUUGGACGCCGACCAGUAGUCAUUACAUGCUUAUGCAUGUUCCUUACAGCUGCUUUUCUGACAUUAUUGUCGGAAAGUUUUUUAAUGUUUCUUAUUCUUCGCUUCAUUAUUGCUUUGGGAUUAACAUCUGUUUUUACGAUUAGCUACGUCAUACUUCCUGAAAUAGUGAGCGCAGAAUACAGAUCGCUUUACUGCAUCAACUUCAAAUGCGGGUGGAUAUUUGCAUAUAUGUUGUUGCCGGGUAUUGCAUAUUUAAUUCCAAGCUGGUUCUGGCUACAAAUCACUAUCACGGUGCCUUGGCUGACACUUCUCUGCGUUUUCUGGGUUGUUCCGGAAACCCCGUGUUGGCUUCUUGCGCAUGGCAAGUUUCAGGAAGCCCAAGAAAUUCUGCUGCGAGCAGCAAAGAAAAAUAAGAAAGAUAUGAAAAAGACAAAAGCAGCCUUAGCAGAAUUUCUUAGCCAUCAGAUAAAGUCAGAAGAUAAGAGAAAAGCCACAUUUUUUGACUUGAUGAAGACUCCAGGGCUAAGGAAAAGUACUCUGAACAUUUAUUUUUGCUGGUUUAUCAUAGCCUAUAUUUAUUAUGCGCUUUCAUGGAACACAAAUGACUUAGGAGGCGAUCCGUAUAUCACUUUCUUCGUCUGCGGAGCAGUGGAAUUGCCAGCAAUAAUACUUUUCCUUUCUAUUAGUAAGGCCGUCGGACAUCGAAUAGCACUUCUGAUCUCAAACGUCCUUGCAGGUGUCUGCCUGCUGCUCUUGAUUCUAGUGCCCGCAGAGAUGACGUGGUUAUCAAUUACUUUCGCAAUGGCUGGUAAGUUCUUUAACUCUGCUUCGUUUGACAUCGUGUUUAUCCUCACUGCUGAAGUCCUUCCCACUGUGACCCGAAACGUCGGUGUAGGAUCCAGUUCAACCUGUGCUCGAAUAGGAGCUUUGGUCGCCCCUUUCAUUCGGCAGUUGGGAGAUGUAACGCAUCCAGUUGUUCCUCUUGCUGUUCCUGGAGCUUUAUCUGUCGUCAGUGGCUUUCUGCUGCUUUUGCUUCCAGAAACGAAAGGGGUGAAGUUACCUGAUACUUUGGAAGAAGGCGAAAGAUUCUCAACAAAGGUGAAAUUGAAAAGAAUGGUUUUCAGAGACUCUAACAAUGAAAUCAAUUCUGACGAGCAGCAAAAAAUGCUUUAUCAAAAACCUAACCACGCAGACGAUGGAACAGAAAUUUUGAAUCUGGCAGGCUAAUAGCCUGAAUGGAAGAUGCAAGAAUACUGGUAUACUAUGUUAUUCAAAAUGAUUGACAUUACUGCAGAUGAGCAUGAUUCAGUAACUGUUUACCUUGUGUUAAUUUGGUAGAGUACUUUAAAUGAAGAAGGAUAAAAUGAAAAAUAAGACUUUUAGGAAUAUCUAGAGGAAAAGCAACUUCACAGAAGAAGGCAAGUGUUCUGAAAUUUCAAUAGGUAAUUCCAGUUAACAGAAGUUUGACUCACAAUCCCAUUUAGCAUUACUAUCAAUUGCUAAGAACAUUCCUUUUGAUAAUUAGGCAAUAUUAUGUGAAAAAAUGUAUAUGUAAAGGCAACAUAACCACGCGACAAGUGCUAUACGAUUUGCAUAAUAAGGGAUGUCUUAGCGUUUUAUAGUUGGAUUCAGUGAAUUUCAGCGGAUCUUCCGUCAGUUUGCUCCCCAUGGAGGUAUAUUAAGGAAGCUUUGUUCGAGCUACAAAUGCUCAAAAACACACGAUCUCAAUGAAAUGCAUCGUUAUUGCUAUGAAUCGGUAACUUAGAAUAUAUUGGAGCAAGGUGACAUUAACUGAGUUUUGUCAUGACAUUGUUCAUAUAAGACUGAUCACUUCUAAUUAAACCUUAAACACUUUUUCUUUUAUUUUAUAUAUGCAGUUGUGUGUUUAACACAGAAUUAUUCGAAUAGACAGAAAUUCCAGCUAAAAAGCAUUUUAACUCUUUCCAAAUUGGUCUGCUUGCUGGUUUUGCAUCUUUAUUACUUUGGCUUGGAGCAUUUGUGUAGAAAUAAACGAUCAAUUUAAAAAGACUUAGAGAAAGAUAUUAGAACUGUGACAGAUUUUAGAUGGAAUCAUUAAAAAAAAAAGAAAUCAAAAGUUUUUUUUUGUGAAAUAAACGUUUUUAUGUUCUUCGGUAGUUAUUUAAUUUUCAUUUUUGAAUUUCAAGUUAAAAAUUCAUUAAUAUAAUAAUUUAAAACCAAAACGUAGAGAUCAAAUUGUGUAUUAAUAUAUUAUGAUUCUUUGCACUUUUUAAAAAUAUUGUUCCGUGAACGUUGCUGUUGCUGUAAUUGCGAUUACCAGUCUGUGUAUAAUUAUUGGCCCAGCAAGUCCAGUUAUACAUUUAUUUAAAAUAAUGAGAAAAUGAUAGCAUAAACAAAGUGCUUGAAUACAUGCGCUAACAAUUUAAAAUACAUAAAUAUUACAACUUCUAAAUUAAUACAUUUUGAAUGAUUAAAUAAUAUUUCAAACACCUUCCACUGCAGCAUACACAUUCUUGAACACAAUUGCUAGUAAAAUUUAAUAAAUGCAACAAACUUUGAGAAAAUGAUGGAAAUAAAUAUUUUUCAUACUUUUG